UUACGGCAGAGCUGGGAACCUCUGCCUUAGACGACUAGAGAGGAAUGUCGCAAUGUUGGGGGUAGAAAAACUCUGGAUUUGCGACUAAAGCGCUGCUUUUCCGGCCAGUACAGAGCUGCUUGGAGGCUGGUAGGGUUGGUGAGGCCCGAAGCAGCUUCUAGAAUUUCUGAGCAGCCCUGGUCAGUACAAGAUGGACCCAGUAGUCUUGAGUUACAUGGACAGUCUACUGCGGCAAUCAGACGUCUCACUACUGGAUCCUCCAAGCUGGCUCAAUGACCAUGUUAUUGGGUUUGCCUUUGAGUACUUUGCCAACAGUCAAUUUCAUGACUGCUCUGACCACGUCUGUUUCAUCAGCCCCGAAGUUACUCAGUUCAUCAAGUGCACUGGCAACCCAGCAGAAAUCGCCAUGUUCCUUGAACCCUUGGACCUCCCCAAUAAGAGAGUUAUAUUUUUAGCCAUCAAUGAUAAUUCCAACCACGCAGCUGGGGGAACCCACUGGAGCUUGUUGGUUUAUCUGCAAGAUAAAAAUGGCUUUUUUCAUUAUGAUUCUUAUGGUAGUAGUAACACAUUGCAUGCAAAACAGGUAGCAGAGAAACUAGAGGCUUUCUUAGGCAGAAAAGGAAACAAACUGGCCUUUGUGGAAGAGAAAGCCCCUGCUCAACAAAACAGCUAUGACUGUGGGAUGUACGUGAUAUGUAACACUGAGGCCUUGUGUCAGAACUUCUUUAGACAACAGCCAGAAUCACUACUGCAGCUACUCACUCCUACAUACAUCACAAAGAAGAGAGAAGAAUGGAAAGAUCUCAUUGCCAGACUUGCUAAAAAUUAGCUGUUGAAAUAUAUUUGAGUUUUGAAGUCUCUUUCUGCCUGUCCCCAUGUAUUAGAUGGCUGAAGUCUCAGUGCCUGAGGGAAGAUGCCUGGGAGAGGAAAGCUUAGAAUGCUUACUUUCUCCUGAGAGAGUGUUGUCCUCCACAUUAUCCUAAUGGAAAGUGUCACUUUAACGCUAACUUCAGAGCAAUAUGUUCUGUGAAGAUGUCUUCAAAAUAUGCACCAAAACUGAUUAAUUCCCUUUUGGGCUCCCUUAUCCACAUUGGUUUAGUCCAAAGAAAAAAGAUUGAUCUGUAAAACAAAUUAAGAAUAUAUGAUAUUUACAAGCAAGAAGAAAAUCAUAGAGCAACCAAAAACUUAGUGCACAGCCACAUAUUUCAAGAGAUCAACUAGCUGGAAGCAGAUCAAGACCUAACCUAAUUCAAGAUUGAAGUUUUAUCAGUUACUCAGUCCUGUGAUACCUCUUCCAUUCAACAAGCAAAGGCUUUGCCAGCUAUAACCUUUGCCAAUACUUGAUAAAGAUGGUGUUAGCCCAUAGUCACCCAUCUAAUUCCUGGAGCACUUUAAGAAAGGGGGAAUCUUGAAUAACUUUGUUAAAAUUAAUGUCUGUGGUGGACCUCUUAUUUUGCAUCUGAAACUUAAAGUUCGUUUAUUUUUGAGAUACAAAGGAGAAAAAGUGACCUUUCUCAACUCUUUCACUUUAUUCAAAAUGCAGACAAUGUAAUUUUUGAAAUGUGGAACCAAGAGUAAAAUGAAAUGCUAUUCCUUCUAAA